AAAUUAGCUCCAAUGGCAAAAACGUACGAUUAUCUCUUUAAAUUGCUGCUUAUUGGAGACAGUGGUGUCGGUAAGACAUGUCUACUGUUCAGAUUCAGCGAGGACUCCUUCAAUACCACCUUCAUAUCCACAAUAGGGAUAGACUUCAAGAUCAGAACAAUAGAGCUGGAUGGGAAGAGAGUCAAACUCCAGAUUUGGGACACGGCAGGGCAGGAGAGGUUUCGCACCAUCACCACAGCUUACUACAGGGGGGCCAUGGGCAUUAUGUUGGUCUAUGACAUCUGCAACGAGAAAUCCUUCGACAACAUAAAAAACUGGAUAAGAAAUAUUGAAGAGCAUGCCUCGUCGGAUGUGGAGAAGAUGAUCCUGGGUAACAAAUGUGACAUGUCUGACAGGAGACAGGUGUCUAAAGACAGAGGUGAAAAACUGGCUAUUGAUUAUGGGGUUAAGUUCUUGGAGACAAGUGCCAAGUCCGGCUUAAACGUAGAAGAAGCUUUUUAUACCAUGGGGAGGGACAUAUUACAUAACCUUAGCUCAAAGACAACUGACAACAGUGGUGGAGGAUCAGGGAAACCGGUCAAGAUCACCGAUAAGAAGUCCAAGAGAAUUAAAUUAUUCAAGUGUUCGCUCCUUUAGGCCGGCGGGGCCCCG